UAUGUCAAAAAAGAAGUGAGUGAAAAAUUGUAAGCGCAGGGUACAUUCUAACCUAAAAAGUGGAAUAAAAUAAAACGAAAUAACUUUAGCUCGCUGAAAAAGCGUUAUUAAAUACUUUUUUCAACAAGUUUAGUGUAUUAUGUCUUUUCAAGAUCAGUCUUCCUUUGGUUUUGCUUAAAAUUAUGGUAAACAAUGCUCGGGCCAUGUUUCCGACAUUUUAAUGUCGCUCCCGAUUUUUAAAGGGAAAUUUGCAACAAACUAAACUUUCUAUUAUGUUAUUCAAUGUUACUAUCAUUUAAACAUGGACACCCAAAUUGACCUAAAGCACAAAAGUGCAAGUGGCAAACCAAAAUCAAAAAAUACUGAAGCAGAAGUUUUUGUGUUGCCACCAAAUCUUUUAGAAAAGUUGGGGAUUCAACUAGACAAGCUUCAGUCUAUAGAAAACUCAACUGAGUCAAAUGUUGAGAUAGGUGUAGCUGGAAACAAAAGUGGAGGAAUAAUUGAGAGUUUAGAUAAAACUUGUAACUUAAAUACUGACAGUACUUGUAAAGAACAUCAAUCAUCAAUUUUGGAGACUGCAAGUUUAAUGAAAGAAUGUGUUUUCCUCAGUCCAACCUUUGUGCCUACAAUAGCUAAUACGAUUGCUGGUGAAGUGGAGAUAGCUAAAGGUAGUAAUGAUAAUGGACCAGGGAAUAUCGAAAGUUCUUCAGUGCCUUUGAGCUUAGAAACAAGUUCUAUUGAUGAAUUGGAAUCUGUUAAUACAGUUCAAAAUAAUUUAACAAAUAAUAUUCAAGUAGCAAUGUGUAAUAAUUCGGAAUACAGUAAAAUACCGAUUGUUGGAGAAUACAUGGCAACUGAUAACACAUAUCUGUCUCAUAAUGUCAACACAGAAUCGGAAGACAUUAUUGUGAUGCCAAAAGAAAACACGCAAAACAUGAAAAAGAAAAUUAAUAUUGUACAAGUUGAAGUAAUUAAACCAGGAAAGGGAAGUACUGUAUUAAAAUUUGAUGACAAUAAUGUUCUUACUUCAGUAACAGUUGAUACAUUAAUACCAAUAUCAAAGGAAAUAAGUUCAUAUCAAUUGGAUGCAUGUGGAAAUAACCAAGAAAAUAAAAUAGGAAACAUUUGUAUGGAGUUUGAAAACUAUGAAUCAAAUCAUAAUUACGUCAAGAAUAAGGACAAUACCGAUUUUAUACAAUUCUCGAGUAUCCCAACUUGUAGUUAUCAGGAUAAUGGUUGUGAGGCUACAAUAUUGCAAAAGAAAGAAAAUAAUGAAAUUGAAUGUAAAAUAAACAGUUUUGACAUUCCCACCUCAACAAAAUUUGCUGCAGAAAAAAUUGAAUGUCCAGAAAGGAAACCAAAUGAUGGUUUAGACACAGAAAUAAUUUCAAACACAACUAAAAAUAGUCAAGAUAACAAUUCUCAAGAUUGUUCUGUCUUGGAAAAACUUAAUUUGUCUCCUAAGGUUGUUGAUAAUCACCAAGAUACCAAAAUUAUCAACAAAGACGAAUAUAGUUUUUCCAUCGAGAAAAAUAAUGUCAAUAAGCCUUGUAUAUCCAAAGAAAAUCUAUACAGUGUUAAUCGAAAUAAUUUUGGUUGUAAUAAGGACACAUUUAACUCAAAAUCUAAUAUUGUUACUUGUAAUAAUAUUCAAGAAAUUAUAAAUGAUUCUGAAAAAUCUAAAUUAUGUACACAAGGAGUAGAAAAACCCGGUGGACAAAAUGAACAAGAUCUACAACAUUUCCAGCUGAAUUUAGAUAAAGAUAUAAUAAAUACACCAAAAGCCGAUUAUGGAAAUGAAAAUCAGGCUGCAAUUAAAGAACCCGAGGAAAACCAAUCCCAUGAAACUACACAAGAAACUACACAUACUGUGAAAAGUCUGAAAACUUACAUAAGAAAAAAUAAUAUAGUCAAACAUAUACUACAAGUAGAUUGUGCAAAUAGAACUAAUUUAAGUAAAAAUAUAUCUGAAACCCUUGACAGUCAAAUUAACGAUGUUGCGGUGGAUGCUGUCUGCAAGAGUGAAGUAUAUUGUUUGUGUAGUGAUUUUGGCCAGCUAACACAUUAUGAUGAAGACAGUUUUUAUGAACAUAUACACUUUUGGCGACAUAAGAAUGUUGCAUGUGACCAUGAUGAAAUUUUUAGCCUGUAUGACGAUAGUGAAAUCGCCAAUACAAGUGGCGACAAUGAAAUGCCAGUAGAAAAUAUGAAUGAUAUUCCCGAAGAAAGGUCUCAUGCGAUUUGCUGGAAUGAAAUUUAUGACAAUGACAAAGUAUUCGAUAAAUCUAAAAUGGAUGAUGAAAAUCAAAACAGCAGUGAUGUAGAAAUGGUUGAAGCCAAUGAUAAUUGUCAUAAUAAUAAUUAUGUUGAGAAGAUAAUUGAGAGUAUGAAGUCUGAUUGGAGUUCAUCAAAUUCUUCUUUUACGCAUCAAUCACUAGGGGUGAAUGAAGAGACAAUAAAAGAGGCGCACGAAAUUGAGGGUGCAAAUAAACCUGAAGAUGUUAAAGAUAAAGAUGAAAAUAUUAAAACUAGGAAGAAACGAAGACGCAGUAUGCGUGUCCAUAAAGAUGAAGAUAGCUUUAUGGAUAAUAAUGAACCCUCAUCGAAAAAGGAGGUGAAGUGUGGUGUUUGUGAACAGGUUUUAGCUAAACGGGAAUGGGAAGAACAUUCAAGUGAAGAGCAUGGAUUCAUAGCUUGGAAAGCUGGCGACAGUUUCGACAUACAAGACAAAAAAAUAUUAAUGAAAAUAAAACAGAAAUUGAACGAUGACGGUAUUCUUCAUUGUGGUUUUUGUAAAUUUGUUUUCAAUAAUUGUGAUAACUUUAUAGCCCAUACAAAGAAAUGUAUGAAAAAUAAGGUACCGCAUAGCUCUCAUAGUACGAGUAACACCUUAAAUCUCGAAACAAUAACUGUGGGGCCAAGGAGCAAUAAAAUGCCGAAUGAUUUAGUGAAAUGUGGUGUUUGCCAACAUGAUGUCAAAGGUUCCGACUGGUUGGCACAUAUUUGCCAGCAACAUAAUUACAUAGCAUGGAAAAGUGGAAAAACUCCUUUGAAGGUGGAUAAUAAGGAUAAAAUUAUAAAACACUUGCGCAAAAUUAUAGUAAAACAUGGUGCAUUAGUUUGUCACAAAUGUAAAGGUAGUCGCCAUUAUGGAAUAAAUUCGAUAAAAAAAUAUUUGAAACACAUUAAAUUAUGUAAUGAAGUUAAGGGCAAGUUACCAAUUGAAGAAAAAACUGUGAUGUGUAGCGAUUCCUCUAUGAAUGUGGAUGAAACCAUUGACGCUGAAACCACUUUAAGUGCCCCAGUGACAGAGGAUGAAGCUAGUAAUACACUUGUGAAGUGUGGAGCUUCCCCUAAGGAAGUGGAAAUGAACACUAAGAGAACUUCAACAGCUCUAGUAAGACGUAAAUCGACAAGGGGCGGUGUUCAGAAGAAUGAUCAGAUGGUGGUUGAAGAAAAAUCGACGAAGAUUAAAGACUCUUCUAAGAAAAGGUCUGUGGAUGCUGAAAUUAAUAUAAACUCCCCAAUAACAGAAACCGCUGGCGACACACGUAAAAGAUCAAAUGUGGGUACUGAAAAUGCAACCUCGCCGAGUAAAAUUGAACUUAUGAAGUGCGGAGAUUCUUCUAAGAAAGUGUAUACAAAUAUUAGGAGAACUUCAUCUCCUUUAGUAAGGCGUAAAUCAACAAGGAGCUGUGACACCUCCAAGAAACAAGAUGCUAAAGAGCAUGCGCUAGUGGUUCAAGAAAAAGCGGUGAAAAUUAGUGACUCGCCUAUAAACACCGAUCCGGAUUCUAAAGCCGGUUCAAGCUACCCUGUGAGAGGAACUGCUGGCGAUUCUGGUAAGAAAUUGAACAUAAACACAGAUAUCACACGUAAAGAUACACUUCUUAAGAGUAGUGAUUCUCAUGAUAAAGUGAACACUAUAAACACGUCUACUCCUUUAGCAAGACGGAAAUCAUUACGGUGUAGUGACACUGCUGAGAACGACGAUCACACACGAGUGGUUAAAGAAAAGCAUAGUGAAUCAUCUAAUAAUGAAAACAAAAAUGAAAAAGUUGAUAACUGUAAAUUCAAUACUAAUACUGCACAUUCUUCAACUCCCCUAGUCAAAGAAACUCAAAAUAAAGAUAUUAAAAAUAAGAGAUCUGCAAUCUCUCCGGAAAAUAUGGAUAUUGAUAAAUCAUUAACCCCUAAAACAAAAGAAAAUACUGGGAAAUGCAGUGACGCUACUAAUAAAGUAAGUCUAGGCACUGAAAACAAUUUAACUGCUUUAACCAAUGUGAAAUGUGGUAUUUGUCAACAAGAAAUGGAAGAAGAUUUGUGGAUUGAUCAUAUACAGAAGGCACAUGAAUAUCUAGCUUGGAAAGAAGGCGAAAAUCCUUUGGAUCUAGAAGAUAAAGACCAAAUCUGGCAGCAUUUGCAUUUAAUUUCCAAGAAAGUUGGUGGACUUGUGUGUGCCAAAUGUGGCCUCAGUCGAAAGUACGUCAAAGCGUACCUUAGCCACAUAAAGCGAUGCGACGGAGUGGAAAAUUCUUCCGAGGCGAAUUCCUUUAAUAAAAUUGACAUUGAUGUUACAAUACCCUUUGUCAAAGACGAAAACAUGAAUAGUAACGAUUCUUAUCAGAAAGUGGAUAAAGAUACCACUGUAACUGAUGAAAUCAAAAAUGUUAUUGUGAAGUGCGGUGUUUGUAAACAAGAAGUGGAAGAUAUUCUAUGGAUUAGUCAUAUACAGACGGCUCAUAAUUACCUGGCAUGGAAAGAAGAAGAGAGUCAUGUGAAUUUUGAAGAUGAAACUCAAUUAUGGCAACAUUUGCAUUUGAUUUCAAAGAAAAUUGGUGGGCUUGUUUGUUCCAAAUGUGGCCUCAAUCGCAAAUAUGUCAAAGCAUAUCUUAACCAUAUCAAUCAAUGCGAUGGAACAGUGGACAUGAACACUUCUAUCGAAGCGGAUUCUUCGAUGAAUGUAAAUACUGAGCACAUAGUAGAGAGCAGUGACUCUGCCAAGAGAGUGGCCGAGGAUAUGGUAACUACUUCAACUUCUGAAACUGAAGAAUCUAUUGUAAAGUGUGGUGUUUGUAAACAAGAUGUGGAAAACAAAUCAUGGUACAACCAUAUGCAGACUGAACAUAAUUACCUGGCAUGGAAAGAAGGAGAUGAUGCUGUGGAUCUAGAAGAUAAAGACCAAAUCUGGCAGCAUUUGAAUUUACUUUCAAAGAAAAUUGGUGGACUUGUGUGUGCCAAAUGUGGCUUCCAUCGCAAAUAUGUUAAGGCUUACCUUAGCCAUAUAAAUCAAUGCGAAAAGACGGACACUUCUAUGAACGUGACCAUGGAUGACCCAAGUUUGGACGUUGCCAACGCAUCUUCAGCUCAAGGCAUCAAUGUUAAGUGCGGUGUUUGUCAACAUGAAAUGGAAGACAAUCUAUGGAACGAUCAUAUGCAGAAGGCUCAUAAUUACCUAGCAUGGAAAGAAGGGGAAAAUACUUUGGAUGUUGAAAACAAAGAACAAGUGUGGCAACAUUUGAACAUUGUUUCAAAGCAAUUAGACGGGCUUGUUUGUUCCAAAUGUGGGCUUCUCCGCAAAUAUGUCAAGGCCUACUUUGCCCACAUAAACCGAUGCGAUGGGACGGCUCCCAAUAAUGAUUCUUUAAAUUCGAGUUCAAUGGACACGAGUUGUGUAUCGGAAGUCAAUACGUCGUUUUCGAAAAAUGUUACAAUGGGCGGCAAAGUAAAAUGUGGAGUAUGCUCUAUAACCUGUGAUAACAUGAAAUGGAUAAAGCACAUCCAAACAAAACACAAUUAUUUAGCGUGGAAAAAGGGAGAAGCGAUGUUGGACUUACAGGACCCGGAAGAAAUUGAAAAUCAUCUGCGUAAUAUUAUUAAAGAUCACGGCUCUUUAUAUUGUCACAUUUGUGGCACAGAUCGGAAAUAUUCUGCUAAAGCAAUAACUGAAUAUUUAAAACACAUUGAAACCUGCAGCAAAGAUAUGAGUUCAGAAAUAGACGAGAAAAAACCAAUUAGAUCAGUGCUUCCUUCCAAAAAUGACGAGUUUAAAUGUGGUGUUUGCGAAGAAAUCGUUAAAGCCAAUGAUUGGAUAAAACACAUACAUAAACAUAAUUAUUUUGCCUGGAAACAUGGAGAGACUCCUUUGGAAUUUGAGGACACGGAGAACGUAAAGUUACACUAUUUGAAACUUUCAAGACAAGUGGAAGGGUUCGUAUGCUGCAAUUGCGGAUUCAGGAAGAAAUAUCCUAAGCUGUUCAUUGACCACAUUGCGGCCUGCUCUGAAACCACUGGCGGUCCGGUGUUAACGCCAGUCUCUACAGUUGAAGGCGUGGUGGAAUGUGCCCGUUGCUCGGAAAAAAUGGACCCAAAAAAAUGGAGGCGACAUUGCAUGGACGAACAUUAUAAUUUAGCUUGGAAAGUUGGCGACUUUCCUAUCAACCUCAAACUACCCUAUACCGUUGAAAAGUAUUUGAAGGAGUACCAGCAGGCAAAGGGUUCGUUAGUUUGCAAAAUUUGUGGUAUAAGCAGAGCGUCACCUGUUGGAUUCUACGCGCAUAUUAUUGCCUGUGGCAAAAGUGAAGAGGAGCUAGAAGAGUUUCAAAAUGUUUGCGAGAUUUGCAAUAAUAAAUAUUUGUGCAUAUACAAAAGUCAACAUAUGACCAGUCACAGGGAACAAGAAUAUGCUAAAGAACGUAAAAUAAGAAAGCUUGAGAAAAUUAAGGAAGAAAAUGAAAGAAACUCUACGACGGACUUAGAUAUGACGGGUGAUGAUGAAUACCCCACGGGCCGACGAAAAGCUGCAGUCAAGGCAAGGGACGUUAUUGGGCAAUUGAAAGCAGAUGACGAUAACAAUACGUGUGCCCAGUGUGGGUUUGCGGCCAGUACCGCGAAAAAGCUUGCCCGUCACAAGUGCACCGACAUCUUUGAAGGUGGCUCUGCUUCAGAAGAGUCGAACGACUCCGAUAUCGAUGCCGAGGUAUCAGAGCAUGAUGAUGACGACGAGUGCACAAAAAGGAAACGCCACAAGGAAGCCCUUGUGCCAGCGAAAGUACCUAACCUGCCUUUCAAGUACAACAAAGUAAAUUCGUUUAGGGAUCAAAUUGCAGAAGAUUUCUUCAAGAUACAUUAUACAGACGAAAUACUUUUUCCCGAAUGGCGAAACUGUAAUUAUGAAUACUUGGAUGAUAGUCGAGUAUCAGAUUAUUUACCGAAAAUGGAAUCGUCUUGUCAAAUCAAAUUGAAUGAUAAAUGGGACACGUUUACCAGAUUCCAAGUGAAACAAUUUUCGAACGGUGGUUUAAGUAUAUUUGUGGGUGGCACUGUCAGGUGCUUGUCUUGGAUUCCCGCGCGAGUGGGCGAGGACAACCAAAGAAAUUAUUUGGCUGUAUCGUGUCACAUGGAUUCAGAUGCCCCUCGAUUAAACUUUGACGAGUUGUCGACUCACACAGGAGUUAUACAGAUUUGGGAUUUUGGCACUACGGCCAAAGAAAUCCCAAAAUUAGUGGUUGGUUUAGCGCAUGACCACGGCACAGUGUGGGCAAUGGACUGGUGUCCGUCGGGCGCGAGGGACUCCGACGAGAGUGCCGACAACGCCGACAUUUCCAGGAUUGGCCUCCUUGCUGUGGCUUGUUCUAACGGCCUGGUCUACAUAUAUUCCGUCCCUAAUCCUUCGUCAAAAACAGAGCCGGAUAAAAUGUUAUGUACUCUGAAACCCGUUGCGGAACUCAGGAUAGCAAUGGGUCAAGAAAGGAAGCGUUACCAAGCUACGGCUAUUAACUGGUCCAAGCAAAAAGAUCACGGGAUUAUUAUGGUCGGAUAUUCGGAUGGGACUACAGCGUUAUAUGAUUUGAAAACUACCUCGCCUCUGCUGAAAGCCACUGAAAAUGACGUCACCAUCUUUUAUCCCUACCUCGACAGACGAGAUCACAACGUUUGCAUAACAGCCGUGGACAUAUACCCGAGUGCGGACGCUUCGCGCGGCUCGCACGUGGGCGGCGCGUGCAGCGCGUCCAUGGCGGCCGUCAGCGCGCGCCUGCGGCCGCCCGCCGCGCGCCUCGAGAGCCGCCACCCCGCCACCGCCGCUGCCUUCCUGCCCGGCUGGCCCGCCGUGCUGUUCGCCGCCGAGGACACCAUCGCGAGCCAGGCGGUGAACGAGCUGGACUGGUACGGGUGCGCGCGGCGCGUGGGCGCGGUGCGCGCGCUGGCGGGCUGCGCGCGCUGCGGCCGCGUGCUGCUGUUCGCGCCGCCGCUGCUGCGCUUCGUCGACGCGCUGCCGCCCUACACCGACGUCAGGAAGCAGACAGUGGCAAUUAUAAAAGCGUCGCCACUCGGCAAGAAGCGGAAGCGCGGGAACGACGAGCUGGCCAUGCUGGUGGAGCCGCUCACUUACGAGGACGUCGUGCAGCAGUACGGCGUAGAAGUCAAGCUGCUCCAUACUCACGAAAGGAGCGCGUCCAUGGCGAACAUGAGAGAGUCGUUCACGGAACGGUUCCCACUCGCUGACGUGACGGCGAUCGCCUUCUGCGCGGACGAAGCGCGUCACCGUGUCGCUGCCGUCGGCUUGCACGCCGGCUUCAUACUCAUCCUGUCGGUGUGAGCUGCACAUUAUUUUCAACUAUUUUGAACUGUAUACACAAGGAAUAAGAUACAAAAUAUUUUUGUUUGUCCAGUACUGAAAUUUUACAAGUUAACAUUAAUUUUAAGGCCGGCUAAAGACUGAAAAAAGCUCAGUCAUAAGUUCUCCUCUUGGUUUGCAACCGGCUUCGUGGCUUCUAUUGUAAACCAAAACGCAAAUUCAACGCUGCAGCUGAUGAAGCUUUUUGUGUAUGCGCUAAAAUCAGAGCAUAAGGACCAUGUUACACAAAACAUUGCAUGACAUCUUGCACAAGUCUGGAUCCGGCUUUACUGUGAUAAACAAGGAUUUAAUCCCGGAGUCUUGGAUGUUUUUGAUACGGAUAGUAUAAACAUAUAUUAUGUGGGUUAUGUGUGUAUCUAUUUAAGUAAGUUGAACCGUUAUUUAGACGCCAUAGUAUAAACUUUAAUUAAUCUGGGGAUAGGUAAUAAGUGUGUUAGAUGGGAAUAUAACAUAUUAUUAUUAUUUUGUAUUUUUUCUAUGGGUUUAUGGUCCAGAGGUAGGCCUUUUCAACGGGUUUGUGAUCUAUUAUUAUCAGAUCCAACACAAAGAGGCCAUUUCGUGAUAAGUUGAUAAACACUUUAUUUAUACUAUAUACGCGAAUACUAUCUCUGCCUGCACUAUUGAAGAGAUAAAGCCAAAGACAACACCUUAAGUGCAAGACUACUAUUAGUAAUAAGACUUAUAUCUAUUACUUGAUUAUGUAACUUUUCUAGAUUAUUAAGGCCCGAAGGCCGUUUGUGAAGCAUAGACGUUGACCGAGCAAAAUUACGAAUACCAUGUUUGAACGGGGCGUUGUUCUAAGAUCGUAAUCACGAGUAUUUAUCUAUAUUUGUAUGAGACCACGAAGAAGCCCGCGGUUAAAUCAACUUGACUGGGUUGUAGAAACUUAACAGACAAGGAUUGUGAAACAGAGCUUAGAAGAGCAGAUCGGUAUUACUGAGUGUGCUUUGACCUUUUGCUUGACGCGCCAGUGUGCGUGUAAACCUCAAAAUUUAUCAAAUUAUUAUCGUUAGGUAUAUUUUAUACACGUUGAUAUAAAUCAUGUAUUUACAUGAAAGGGUCUUAUCAUGGAAUGAUGACCAAUAUUGUAAUUUAUUAAUAUUUUAUGUGGGAUAGAAUAGGAAAUAUUACUACUGAGUAUACAGUUUAAGGAAAUUCACAUUUACCUUAACUAGUACUUUCUUGUAUAAUUUUUUUUAUAAGUACACUAGCAACAUUAUUAUUUUUUUGGAUGUGAAAAAAUCAUUUUAUUAUUUUUAUAGUCUCAAAAUCUGUUUUUGUACAUCACGCUCUUACAAUUAGUUGUUUACUUGCCAUAGAGGUUAUUAUUUUAUUUGUGUAAAUUAUGUAUUUAGUAAAAUUUCGAAGAUAACAAUAUAAUUAAUUGUAUAUUACGACACGAUCGUUGAUAAUAUUUGGUUGUUAAUAUUUGAUUUUAGCCAUCAUUUUGCGUAUUUUUCUAUUGUUUUGUCUAUUGUGAUUGAAAUUCAUGUCAAAUAAAUAACGCCGAUUAAAGAAAUUUUACUAAAUAUUUUUUAUGUGAAAAGUCUAAAGUGUCAAUAUGCCACGAAAAAGGGCUCAAAUGCGAGAUUGUAAUAAAACUUUAAAUUAUUGUGUCUACUCGUAUGCCACAUUGCCACAUUGUGUAUUAAAAUUAAUUUAACUCUAUACGUGAUUAUGGUAUAUAAUUUGUAUAAAUGUUGUAAUAAAUGUUUAUAUAAUUGGAGUAGCGGAAAAUAAAAAGGUAAGUGUGUAUAAUAAACUAAAAUAACGAUUAUUUAUUCUUAGA